AUGGAGAUCAUGUGGCCUGUUGUGCUGUUCAUGGGUCUGGUGUGGCUAAGACGAGUGAAUCCACUUUACCGUCAACAUGAAUGCCACUUCCCCAACAAGGCCAUGCCCUCCACAGGGGUCCUGCCAUGGAUCCAGGGAAUCAUCUGUAAUGCCAACAACCCUUGUUUUCAAUACCCCACCCGUGGUGAAUCUCCUGGCCUGGUGUCCAACUACAACAACUCCAUAUUGGCUCGGUUCUACAUGGAUGCCCAGGAGCUUCUUUUUAGUGACCCAGAGUUUCUGCAGCUCGAUCGCCUUUGGAGGGAACUGAAUGCUAUGAGUAACUUUAUGGACACCCUGCGCACCCAUCCUGAACAAGUCUCAGGCCGAGGAGUAAAGGUGGAGACGAUUCUCAAGGACGAUGAGAGUCUGACAUCAUUCCUGCUGAGAGACAUUCCUCUGACAGAGUCUGUGGUGUAUCAACUAGUCAAUGCCCAAAUUAGGCCUGAACAGUUUGCCUCUGGUGUUCCAGCCUUGCAUUUAAAGGAUAUUGCCUGCAGCCUGACACUGCUGGAGCGAUUCCUCAUCUUCCCCAGCCGCCGAGGACUCUACGCUGUUCGCAAUGCCAUGUGCAUUCUUACCCCACAACGGCUACAGAUCAUUGAGGACAAAUUCUACGCCAAUGUCGACUUUUUCAAGCUCUUCAGGCUGCUUCCUCGUGUGCUGGACAAUCACUCUGAGGGCGUUGAAAUCCAGCUGUGGGUACGGGUCGUCUCUGCAGUCUCGGACAAACUGCGAGAGUUGUUCCAGAGGAGCAGCUCCAGGGAGCUCCUCCAGGUCAUGACUCCUCUCUUCCACAGCGAUCUGUCCUUCAGGCAGGUGAUGGCUGCUGCCUCCAGCCUGGUCUGUGGCUACACUGAAGGCGCUUUCUCCAGAGUUGCCUCCUUUAACUGGUACGAGGACAAUAACUACAAAGCCUUUCUUGGCAUCAGCAGCAGCAGGGCGAGGGCCCACAAUGAAUAUGACAACACCACCACUCCUUUCUGCAAUGAUCUGAUGAAAGAGCUGGAGUCCAACCCCAUCACAAGGAUCGUGUGGAACUCUGUCAAGCCGAUGCUGAUGGGACAGAUCCUCUACGCCCCUGACUCACCAGCCGUCAGGAAGAUCAUACGAAAUGCAAACACGACAUUUGAGGAGCUGGAGAGGCUGAGGACGAUGGGGAAGGCCUGGGAGGAAGUGGCUCCUCAGAUCUGGGCUUUUUUCCAAGAUGGAGUCCAAGUCAAGAUGAUCCGGGACACCAUCUGCAAUCCAACGGUGAUGGAUUUCAUUGACAGGAGUCUAGAGGAGGCGCCGUUCUCCUCCAAACAUAUCCUCAACCUUCUGUACAAUGGCCCACCGGAGGACCGUCCAGCUGACGUGCCUGAUUUUGACUGGCGAGACAUCUUCAACCUCACUGACCGGGUCAUUCGGAUGCUCAACCAAUAUGGGGAUUGUGUGCUCCUGGAUAAGUUUGUCCCUGUGCCUGACGAGGACACAGUCACUUAUCGGGCCUUGGACCUGCUGGAGGACAGCAAGUUCUGGGCGGGUCUUGUCUUCGUAAAUAUGCAUCCUUGGACCACUACUGUCCCGCCUCAUGUUAAGUUCAAGAUCCGUAUGGAUAUUGAUGCAGUGGAGCGCACCAACAAGGUCAAAGACAGGUACUGGGACCCUGGCCCCAGAGCCGAUCCUAUGGAUGACUUCCGCUACAUUUGGGGUGGCUUUGCUUACCUCCAGGACAUCAUAGAGCAUGGGAUCAUCAAGACUCAGACGGGGAAGGAGUGGCCACUGGGUGUUUACCUGCAGCAGAUGCCCUACCCGUGUUAUGUGGACGAUCUCUUCAUGCUGACAUUGAACCGCUGUUUUCCCAUCUUCAUGGUGCUGGCCUGGGUCUACUCUGUGUCAAUGAUAGUCAAGAGUAUUGUCCUGGAGAAGGAACUCCGCCUGAAGGAGACUCUGAAGGCAAUGGGAGUCACCAACGGGGUUAUAUGGUCCACCUGGUUUAUUGACAGCUUCAUCAUGAUGGGCACCAGCACUGCUCUCCUUACCGCUAUCAUCAUGGGAGGAAGGGUACUUAACUACAGCAACAGCAUCAUCCUCUUCCUCUUUUUGCUCACCUUCACUACGGCUACCAUCAUGCAAUGCUUCCUCCUCAGCGUCUUCUUCAACCAUGCCAACCUGGCAGCAGCCUGCUGCGGCAUCGUUUACUUCACCCUUUACCUCCCGCACAUCUUCUGCUUUGCCUGGCAGGACCGCAUCACCAAGGACAUGAAGAUUUUGGUGAGUUUGCUGUCCCAGGUCGCUUUUGGUUUUGGGACAGAGUACCUGUCCCGGUACGAGGAGCAGGGCCUGGGUCUGCAGUGGGACAACAUCCAGACCAGCCCACUGGAGGGGGACGAGUUCUCCUUUCUCACCUCCAUCUGCAUGAUGGGCCUGGACACUGUGCUGUAUGCUGUGCUGGCCUGGUACCUGGAUAAUGUCUUCCCUGGCCAGUAUGGAAUUGGCCGACCAUUUUACUUCCCCUUCCUGCCCUGUUAUUGGCUCAACAGUGUGGCUCCAGCUUCAGGCAGCAACAAACUAGGCUUUGAUAACUUGGCAAACAAAGAGCAGCAGAAACAAGAGGAGGAGGAAGAUCACGACAAAGCCCAGACUCUGGAGGACACGCUCCAGGCUGGCUCGUGUGAACACCAGGAUCAACGUGAAAGGCUGGAGAAGGAGAAACAGGCUGAGGCAGAGGAGACCCAGGACCAAGGCGCUCAGCCUUUCUUUGAAGCAGAGCCAGCAGACCUGGUGAAGGGUGUUUGUAUCCAGAACCUGGUCAAGGUGUUUGGCAGCAGCUCCACACCAGCAGUGGAUGGCCUAAGCAUCAGCUUUUAUGAGAGCCAGAUUACUGCCUUUCUGGGCCACAAUGGGGCUGGCAAGACCACCACCAUGUCCAUCUUAACUGGUAUGUUCCCGCCCACCUCUGGGACCGCCACAAUCUAUGGCAAGGACAUCCGCACAGACAUGGACGCCAUCCGUGUGUCUCUGGGAAUGUGCCCUCAACACAACAUCCUAUUUCAGCAUAUGACUGUAGCGGAGCAUAUCCUCUUCUACUCGCUGCUGAAAGGUCGUCCAAUCGCAGAGGCCGAAGAGGAGGUGGAGAACAUGCUGCAGGAUCUGGGUCUGCCCCACAAGAGAGAUGAACUGAUCCAGAACCUCUCAGGGGGCAUGCAGAGGAAGUUAUCAGUUGCUUUGGCGUUUGUUGGUGGAGCCAAGGUGGUGAUCCUGGAUGAGCCCACUUCAGGGGUGGACCCCUACUCCAGACGCUCCAUCUGGGACCUGCUGCUCAAAUAUCGAGCAGGGCGUACAGUAAUUAUGUCCACCCACCACAUGGACGAGGCCGACCUGCUGAGUGACAGGGUGGCGAUCAUCUCUCAGGGCCGCCUUCACUGCUGCGGGUCCCCCAUCUUCCUCAAGAAUUGUUUUGGCGCUGGCUUCUACCUCACUCUUGUGCGACGAAUGAAGCGUGACACCCCGAAGGCCAGCUGUGACUGCACACAGGACUGCUCCUGUAAAUGCUCAACGUGCUCAAAGUUUAAAGUGAGCCAGGAAGAGAGCCGCAGUCCAGACAGACAGAUGGAUGGUAACAUGGAAAGCAUCACAGCUCUGAUCCACCAUCACGUGCCGCAGGCUCGUCUUAUCGAGGCCAUCGGCCAGGAGCUGACCUACCUGCUGCCCAAACCGAAAUUCCAGCCUAGGGCCUAUGCCAGCCUCUUCAGGGAGCUGGAGGAAACGUUGGUGGACAUCGGCCUCAGCAGCUUCGGUGUGUCGGACACAUCGCUGGAAGAGAUCUUCCUAAAGGUCACUGCUAAUGGGAAUGCAACCAACAGGAAAUGCAUACCAGGGACAGAUGGGGCUUUGCACACCAAUGGCCAGUGUGAUGUCCCAGAAGGCAGUGCAGGCAGGGGCUCCUCCCAGGUCAGAGGCUUGUGUCUCACCAUCAAGCAGUUCUUUGCUCUGCUUAUCAAGAGGCUGCACCAUGCGACGCGCUCUUACAAAGACUUCUUCGCCCAGAUUGUGCUGCCAGCCAGUUUUGUUUUCCUGGCUCUGACAUUCACGCUGAUCGUUCCACCUUUCGGAGAGUAUCCAAGUCUGACUCUCACUCCCUGGAUGUAUGGCAGACAGUACACCUUCUUCAGUAAUGAACGUCCUAUGGAUGCUCAGAUGAGAUACUUUGGUGAGGUGCUGUUGGAUAAGCCCGGCUUUGGGACUCGCUGCAUGGUGGAUGAACCACUUGAAGAUUUCCCAUGUAACAACAUAACCACAGAGUGGGAGAUGCCCUUGGUUAACCCCUUCCUGAUCGAUAUGCUGGACGGCCCAGAGUGGAGCUCCCUCAGACCAUCUCCAGACUGUCAGUGCAGCACACCUAAGAAACUCACCAUGCUCCCUGUGUGUCCUGUAGGAGCUGGAGGCCUGCCACCUCCACAGAGGAUCCAGUCAACAGGAGAUGUUCUCAUGGACCUAACAGGCAGGAAUAUCUCCGACUACCUGGUGAAGACCUACCCCAGCCUCAUCAGAACCAGUUUGAAGAGCAAAUAUUGGGUGAAUGAACAAAGGUAUGGAGGUAUAUCAGUGGGAGGACAGCUACCUGUUUUAGAACUUCAGCCAAAGACCAUCCAGGAUGUAGCAGCACAGCUGGCACGACUGCUCAAUGUUACAGGGGGCAAAUAUUCCAAACAAACGCUGAAGGACAUAGGGCCGUUCCUUAGGUACAUGGAGACUCAAAACAAUGUCAAGGUGUGGUACAACAAUAAGGGCUGGCACGCCAUGGUUUCUUUCAUGAACGUGGCCAACAACGCCAUCCUCCGUGCAAAUCUGCCCAAAGGAGCUAACCUGGACGAAUAUGGAAUCACCACCAUCAACCAUCCGCUGAAUCUUACCAAAGAACAGCUCUCUGAGAUCACUGUCCUGACCACCUCAGUGGAUGCAGUGGUGGCUAUCUGUGUCAUCUUUGCCAUGUCCUUCGUACCAGCCAGCUUCAUCCUCUAUUUAAUCCAGGAGAGGGUCACUCAGGCCAAACACCUGCAGUUUGUCAGUGGUGUCAGCCCAUUGGUCUACUGGAUGGCCAACUUCCUCUGGGACAUGUUGAAUUACUCCAUCAGUGCAGCGAUGGUGGUGGAAAUUUUCAUCUUUUUUGAUAAGAAGUGCUACACCUCACCAACCAACCUUCAGCCACUCAUUUCCCUGCUUAUGCUUUAUGGCUGGUCUGUGACACCCAUGAUGUACCCGAUGUCCUUUAUAUUCAGUGUCCCCAGCACAGCCUAUGUCUCUUUGUCAUGUAUCAACCUCUUCAUUGGCAUCAACAGCAGCGCCAUCACCUUCAUCCUGGACCUUUUCGAGGGCACCACAGCUCUGUACAAGUUCAACCAGCUGUUGAAGACCGUGCUGCUCAUCUUCCCUCAUUACUGCCUGGGUCGAGGUCUCAUAGACAUGGCCAUGAACCAGGCUGUGACUGAUGUAUACGCCCGUUUCGGUGAGGACUACAGUCCAGACCCCUAUAACUGGGACUUUAUUGGGAAGAAUUUAUUCUGCAUGGCUGUUGGGGGAUUUGUCUAUUUCAUCCUUAACAUUCUGUUCCAGUAUCGCUUCUUCUUGGAUCACUGGAUAUCAGAUUGCCCAAAGCCUCCUAUUUUGGAAGAAGAUGUAGAUGUGGCAGAGGAAAGAGAGCGACUCUAUAAAAGUGAAAAAAACAAUGACAUUUUACGCAUACGAGACCUGUCCAAGACGUACACAGGAACAAUCAUCCCUGCAGUGGACCGAAUCUGUGUUGCAGUAUCACCUGGAGAGUGCUUUGGUCUGCUGGGUGUGAAUGGAGCAGGGAAGACCACAACAUUUAAGAUGUUAACUGGAGACAUUGACGUCACCUCAGGAGAGGCCUCAGUCUCUGGUCACAGCAUUCUGACCAACAUCCUGGACGUCCACCAGAACAUGGGGUACUGCCCACAGUUUGAUGCCAUAGAUGAGCUGCUGACAGGUAGAGAACACCUGCACCUCUACGCUCGCCUCCGUGGAGUUCCAGAGUCAGAGAUCAGCAGGGUUGCAGAGUGGGCCAUCCAGAAGUUGGGCCUGUCUGAGUAUGCAGGCCACAGUGCUGGGACCUACAGCGGAGGCAACAGGAGGAAACUCUCCACAGCCAUCGCCAUGAUAGGCUGCCCUGCGCUGGUGCUGCUGGAUGAGCCCACUACAGGUAUGGACCCUCUCUCCAGACGUUUCCUGUGGAACUCCAUCAUGAGUGUUAUUCAGGACAGACGAGCCGUGGUCCUCACCUCGCACAGUAUGGAGGAGUGUGAGGCGCUGUGUACCCGCUUAGCAAUUAUGGUUAAUGGAUCCUUUAAGUGUUUGGGAACCAUUCAGCAUCUCAAAUACAAAUUUGGUGAUGGCUACGUGGUGACCAUGAAGAUCAGGGCAGCUAAGCCCGGUUGUGCCCCUGACCUGAACCCUGCUGAAGCAUUCAUGGAGAGCACCUUCCCUGGCUGCAUCCAGAGGGAGAAACACUACAACACUCUGCAGUACAAGAUCUCCUCCUCCUCCCUGGCUAGGAUCUUUCAAAUGGUCCUGGCUAAUAAAGACAAGCUCAACAUAGAGGACUAUUCAGUAUCCCAGACCACUCUUGAUCAGGUUUUUGUGAAUUUUGCCAAGCAACAGUCAAGAGAGGAUGACACCAUUGUGCUGCAUCCAAAAGCCGCUGGGGCACAGCGAUAUAUUGAAGCCUCACCCUUCAAAUCUUUGGAGAAGUGAACUCACCUCAGUGACUUCAACUUGAGGACUUUUUUUUUUCAUGUCAUGUCCAAAGAAUACGGAUAAGAGUGUGUUUUGGAGGGCUGAAUGUUUGUCAGCAGAACUUGAACCUUCUCUUCAAAUGAAACAGUCUAAAGAGGAUUUUCUACAGUGUCAUCAUAAAAGUCGUUCCCUUGCCUGGUCGAGAAAAGUAAGUGGUGCACGAUCACUUUUGGGAUACCAAAAACAGAAGAUGGACAGGUUGUGUCCUCUAAAUUUAAGAGAAGUCUUCUCUCAGCAUUUUGAGUACUGUUUGGAAUGGGGUCAUCUUUGUUGGUCAAUUGAGUGGUGUUAGGCCUUUAAACGCAGUCUGUAAAUGGACAUUUCUCAUGUUUGACUGAUGAUUUGACACGUGGCAGUACUUUGCUUUUACAGUAAGCGGGGUUAGUGAGCUUUGGAUUUGGAAAGUGUGGAGCAUUUCUGUGCCUGCUCUAUGCUCCAUGUUUUGCUCACCUUGUAGGCCUUGCAAACAAAAUGAAACAGAGCUUGAGAUUUACGACAAGGACCAUGACUUUGAUUGAUGACAUGUCAAAAAAGUUCAAUAUCUGGUUGUAAUGGGAAUGUGAAGAAAGCAUAGGUCCUGUGUAUUUUUUGCUUCAGAUGCCAAGCAAGACAAUCUUUUUAAUUGCCUUCUUUAGAUAUGUGAAAGAAGCACUCAGAGAAGCAUAGCCUUAGCACUUUAUUGAUGCAGCUUUAAUUGAAGCAUCACAAUUCUUAACCAAGAUGUUUGGUUAAAAAAAACCCUGCUAGUGCAAUACAGCUGAUUUUUACAAAAUCCUCUUGCUGCUAUGGAAUUUAUUUCAGUAACUUGAUAUUUUUUAUGCCACCAAUGUCUUCAAUCUUUGCGCUUUAUCAUAAUAUUUAGCAACUUUCGUAAACUGUCUGAAUUCCACCGGAAUCUGUUGUAGGUAUUGGAGGAAAUCAACGUCACAAAAAUGAUGUUUGUGAGAGGGCCAUCAUGUCCAAUAAAGUUACAUUUUUCCUUAA